AACUUGACAUAACUAUAUAACUGAGCGACCAACGUAAACGAAAUUCAGUUAAACAUUUACCUUGUUAGCAGAUCGUUACGACAGACAUGGAUAUCCGUAUAUUCUUACUUGUUUGUCUUCUUCGUUUGGUCCAAUCAAAAGUUCUAGACUUAUCGUGUAAACAAAUUCGCGCUUUUGUUGACGGCCAUAAUUCGCGACGGCUCAGUUUGGCUAAAGGCACUGUAUCAAAUCAACCUGCGGCUUCGGAAAUGAAAUACAUGAUUUGGGACGAAGAAUUGGCAGCAAAAGCAGCAAGAUGGGCAUCAAAUAAUGAGUUUAGUCACAAUCCAGACCAAACUAUAGGAUCUGGAAGAUUUACAACAGGUGAAAACAUAUAUAUGGCGUCCUCUCCUGAUCCAAAUUGGAAACUUGACAUAAAUAAUCCAUUACGGUCUUGGUUUGACGAACACAAAGAUUAUACUUUUGGACCGAUAAAGCUUUCUGAUUUCAGCGGCUCAAGUAAACAAACUGGACACUAUACGCAGAUGGCGUGGUCUACAUCGAUAUAUCUUGGAUGUGGAAUUUCUGAAAAUUUAAUAAAUGGCAAGAAAGAAUAUUUUGUCGUCUGCAACUAUGGUCCAGCCGGGAAUUACAUGGGCGAAACUCCAUACAAAGCGGGUAACAAGAGUGGAAAACUGAUAUGUUCAACAAAAAACUGCAAACACCUAUACGGAGACAAAUGUUGAUUAGCACGAAAUCUAUUUAGUAAUUUUAUUUUCACAACCACAUUAUUGUAAUUAAUACUAAAUAAUAUUUACAGAGAUUUAUUUAAUUAUAUAGUAAAUAAAAUAUUGUUACGUUUGGUCGACAUUUGAACUUGUAUUUUACCUUCAUAUGCACCUAUGUUGAACAUCGUUAGUUUACAAGUCGUAAUAUGAAAAUCGUAAAUUUUUUUAAGGGUAAACCAAAACUAUGAAUAGGUUUGGUCAUAGUGACACUCUUGAUUUAAUUAGUAAAACAGGCUUUAGUAAUUAUCAAUACAAAAUUAAUGCUAUACUUAGAUAUUUUGUAAACUAACUAUGCUUACCAUCCUUAGGUGAUCUAUAUUGUUUGACUCUUAAAAAAAUGUAGGCUAAAAUAUAUUAUUGUCAACUA